UAUAAUAAAAAAAUUUAAAUCUACAAAACAAGAUAUUUAUGAAUUUAUCCUAACGUUAUGAAUCUUUGAGAGAAAAUCUAAUGAAUGUUUUGAAUUAGAAUCAAUCAAAAUAAAAAUCAAAUAGUAAAAUAUAACUCCAAAUAAAAGAGAAAUAUUACUCAAUAGUUGAAAUUAAUAGGAAAUUUUGAAACCUCAUUGAAAGUGUAACUGUUGUUGAAGUAAAAAGAUAUUCAAAAUGCCGGGAACUUGUGAUUGUGCUAAGAAAGCUGCUGAAGCGGAGAAAAAUAAAGAGGCUGAAAGCAAUCAGCAGAAAACAUCACCAGCUAAGAAAACAGAUGCAAAUGACGACCAACCAUUUGUUGGAAAUGAUAAGAAAUCCAGUUUCGAACCAAACUUGUACCUUUAUGACGAUGAAAUCGACCAAAGACCUCGCGUUUCAACAUUUAUAUCAUCGUUGGCCAACUAUGACAAUACAAUUCCGGCUGCCGCGGAUCCUGAUGCCAAACCAGCGGCACCUGCGGCACGAAUGGGUACGCUCAUUGGUGUAUAUCUGCCGUGCAUCCAAAAUAUAUUCGGUGUCAUUCUAUUUAUCCGUUUAACGUGGGUUGUUGGAACUGCUGGUGCUAUUUGUGGUUUUCUAAUUGUACUCACCUGCUGCUGUGUUACUAUGUUGACGGCCAUCUCUAUGUCUGCGAUUGCAACGAAUGGCGUGGUGCCGGCGGGGGGGAGUUACUUUAUGAUAUCAAGAUCUCUGGGUCCAGAAUUUGGUGGUGCUGUGGGGAUGCUGUUUUAUACGGGGACAACGCUCGCGGCUGCUAUGUACAUAGUGGGCGCGGUUGAAAUCGUUUUGACGUACAUGGCACCAUUUCUUUCUAUAUUCGGAGAUUUCACGAAAGACCCGUCGGCUAUGUACAAUAAUUUCCGUGUCUACGGUACCUGCCUCUUAGUUGUUAUGGGUUUAAUUGUCUUUCUCGGUGUAAAGUUUGUGAAUAAAUUCGCUACGGUAGCCUUAGCCUGCGUCAUACUCUCCAUUAUCGCUGUCUAUGCCGGCAUCUUCAACAACAUCCAUGGAAAUGAUAAGUUACAUAUGUGUGUCCUGGGUAAGCGGUUGCUUAAGGAUAUCGCUAUAGAUAAUUGCACAAAAGAGGAAGGUGGCCCACUAUGGAAUAUUUUCUGUCCCGUGGAGAAUGGUGGUAUUUGUGAUGAGUAUUUUAAAGAUCAUAAUGUGAGCAUUGUGAAAGGUAUCAAAGGAUUAGCAAGCGGAACGUUUUUCGAUAAUAUCUUCCCAUCUUUCUUGGAGUCUGGACAAUAUAUUGCCUACGGUCGUCAACCUGUUGAUAUUGAAAGAAUGAACCGCCCAUCAUACAAUCAAGUGUUUGCCGACAUCACAACAACAUUCACGAUUUUAAUUGGUAUCUUCUUCCCAUCCGUCACAGGUAUCAUGGCUGGCUCCAACAGAUCUGGUGAUCUCGCUGAUGCACAGAAAAGUAUACCAAUAGGAACAAUUUGUGCCAUUUUAACGACUAGUACAGUCUACUUAUCAUGUGUCUUACUGUUUGCUGGAACUGUGGAUAACCUUUUACUUCGAGAUAAAUUCGGACAAUCGAUAGGAGGCAAACUAGUCGUAGCGAACAUUGCCUGGCCAAAUCAAUGGGUUAUCUUGAUUGGUUCAUUCCUCUCUACAUUAGGUGCCGGUCUACAAAGUUUAACGGGAGCUCCGCGUCUCCUUCAAGCUAUUGCUAAGGACAGUGUCAUACCAUUCCUUGCUCCAUUUGCGAAAUCAUCAAGUCGCGGUGAACCGACACGUGCCCUUCUGCUAACCAUAUGUAUCUGCCAAUGCGGUAUCCUCCUAGGUAAUGUCGACAUCCUGGCUCCGUUGCUCUCCAUGUUCUUCCUGAUGUGCUACGGAUUCGUUAAUCUUGCCUGUGCAGUUCAAACUCUUCUGCGAACACCGAACUGGCGUCCUCGUUUCAAGUAUUAUCACUGGUCACUAUCCUUAAUUGGACUUACACUUUGCAUUUCGGUAAUGUUCAUGACUUCAUGGUAUUUUGCUCUCAUCGCUAUGGGAAUGGCCAUUGUAAUCUACAAAUACAUUGAAUACCGAGGAGCUGAGAAGGAAUGGGGUGAUGGUAUCCGCGGUAUGGCCUUAACUGCAGCUCGCUACUCUCUUCUCCGUCUCGAAGAAGGACCACCACACACCAAGAAUUGGCGCCCACAAAUUUUGGUUUUGACAAAACUCAACUCAGAAUACGCACCCAAAUACCGGAAAAUCUUCUCAUUCGCAUCACAACUUAAAGCUGGCAAGGGUCUUACAAUUUGUGUUGCUGUCAUCGAAGGAGAUCAAUACAAAUUCUACAAUAAAGCCUGCGAAGCCAAACAAAAUAUCAGGAAACUUAUGGAUGACGAACGUGUGAAAGGAUUCUGUGACGCAUUGGUUGCCCGAAAUAUCCCAGAUGGAAUGAGCUCUGUCAUCCAAACCAUUGGUCUUGGUGGCAUGAAACCGAACACCGUAAUCAUCGGCUGGCCAUAUGGCUGGAGACAACACGAGAGAGGACGUAGCUGGUCUGCUUUCUUGCAAGGAGUCAGAACUGCUGCCGCAUCUCGUAUGGCCCUUCUCGUUCCCAAAGGAAUCAAUUUCUUCCCUGAAUCAUCACAGAAAAUUUACGGAAACAUCGAUGUUUGGUGGAUAGUUCACGAUGGUGGUUUGCUCAUGCUCUUGCCAUUCUUGCUCAAACAACAUCGUACAUGGAAGAACUGCAAAAUGCGCAUCUUCACCGUAGCACAAAUCGAGGAUAAUUCAAUUCAAAUGAAAAAAGAUCUUAAGACAUUCCUUUAUCAUUUACGUAUUGAAGCUGAAGUUGAAGUAGUUGAAAUGAUGAAUAGUGACAUAUCAGCCUACACAUAUGAGCGCACACUUAUGAUGGAGCAACGAAACCAGAUGUUGCGAGAACUUCGUUUGAACAAAAAAGAAAGCUUCGGCGUGGUGCAAACUUUGGUGGAUUUCAGCGAAGGCACUGGCGAGGAUAAAAUGCCUUUGGUUCAAGCCAUUGUUGAUCAUCAUCAUGCAUCUGACUCUACGAAAACUGCUACUAAAGUACGUUUCGCCGAACAAACUUCAGAUAUAUUCAAUCAAUCAGUAGAUGGAGACAGCCAGGAGAAGGAAACAUCCUUGGAGAAUAAUACAGAAGACGGAAAUGAGAAUAGUGAGAAACCGAAUGGAGAAUUAUCUCCCAAUCAUAGUACAACGCCGGAACCUGUAAAUCAAACUAAUAAUCAAAGUUCCGAAAAGGAAAAGGAGAAGGGACAGGACGAAGAUGAGAAGGAAAAAUCGGAAGCUGCUACAGAUAGUGGCAAUGAGAAAUCUAAACCAAAUAUUAAGCCUGACGAAAGCAAUGUACGAAGAAUGCACACGGCUGUGAAACUUAACGAAGUUAUUGUAAAUAAAUCGCAUGAUGCACAGUUGGUAAUCUUAAAUUUACCCGGCCCACCGAAAGACACGAGAAUAGAUCGCGAAAGCAAUUACAUGGAAUUCUUAGAAGUACUUACCGAAGGUCUAGAACGAGUUCUAAUGGUACGUGGUGGUGGACGCGAGGUCAUCACUAUUUACUCUUAAGCAUUACGCAAACCCUCAUCAUCAGCGAAUACGAUGAACAGCAAAUUUUACGAACAAUUUCGACGAGUAGUAAAAAAUAUAAUAAAAAUUCAUCAUUCUCAUCGGAAAAUGAAAUUUACAACAACAAAAACAUCUCUAUUUGACGACAACAACAACAUCAACAACAAUACAACAAAGCGCAAUACUAUGCCUUGAUCAAUCCACGAACUAUCAUCAUAUUCGUAUCUGAAAAUAAAAAAGAUAAUUUUUAAAACAGCGGAAAAAAGAAAACUGAAUAAAUGCAAUUUUUAAUGUUUAUGCAGAAAAUAUAUGUAUGUAAUUUUAAAUAUACAAAACUUGAAAAAAGAACAAAGAACACUUAAUGCCAAAUAGAUUCAAAAUAAAACUUGCAUGCAUAGAAUGAUAAAAUCACGAGGUGUGUGUAAUAAUUAUGAACUCUAUCAGCUGAAAAUGUUACUCUAAUUUUUAAGUUUAGUCAAAAAAAUUUCCUUGAAACAAAACAAAAAGUUACGAAGAAUCACAUUGCGUAUGAUAAUUUCUUUUUUAAGUAGCAUAAAUAAUGAUCGUUCUGCUAGAUAUAUUCUGUUUAAAAUAUUGACUUUAACUUAAAAAAAUUAUAAAUCGAAACAAAAGAGAAUCUAUUUCUCACUCGUUAUUAUAUUAAGCGUAAAUUUGUAUAUUAUUCUCUAUUUUUAUAACAGCUUUGUAUUUUUAGAAGGAAGCAAUUUCCUUCCUGCCACAUUGCAUUUUAUUUUUUUGACUAGGAGAUAUAAUUAUUAAGUUUUAUUUCGUACACUUGUUCCAUGCCAUGCAAUAUUUUGAUUUUCAAUAUAUAUAUUUUUUUUCAUUUAAAAACAAGACGGGAUGACGAUAUAAAGAGAUAAAGUGAUUGAAAACAUUAGAAAAUGAGUGGAAAUCUAAAGAACUAUUUUAUGAGAAUGAGAAUUACAAAAAAAACCGGUCUGACAAAAUAUUUCUGAAAUAACAAAGAAAAUAUGAUAAAUGCUGAAACCGUAAAAAAUUAUAAUUAUUCAUUUUACGAAAGCAUGAAAACUUCACUGAAAAAAAAUUACAAUCAGGAGAUUCAAACAGGAACAUAUUCAACCUAAUUAACCUAAAAUAAAUUUUAUUUUUUUAAAUUGUGUUUUCCAUCAUAAAAUAAAAAUGCAACUUUCUAUUUUUUAAUUACAAUUAGUACAUGUAAAUUCCAUCUGUUAAUUGUUCAUAUAUUUUUUACUGAAACGAUAUAAGAUUUAGAUAUACACAUACAUAUAUAAAACUACAUUAUAUCAAUCGUCAUAUUUUCGAGAACCACUAGUUUUAAAUGGAAAGAACAGAAUACAAUUUCUAUAUAAAAGUGUUAAUUGGAAAAAAAAUAAAUUCAACCUUCAUUGCAAAGUAUAAGAAUAACUCAUUAUACGAGCAUUUGUUCGUAUGAAUAUAAUAAAUAUAUUCGUGCCGUUUUCUUAUUUUAAAGGAAAAUCAGUUAUUAACGAACAAUAACCUGCAGGAUGCGUUGAAUAAGUUUUAAAAAAAUGUUGUAUUAUAUAGCGAACAUAAGUGCAUAAACAAACUUGACUAAUAUUGUACAGAAGCGAAAAGAAGAGGAGGAACAUAUAUUAGGUUUCGUUAAACCAAUUUUAGGUUAAUUAGAGCUGUAAAUGCGAUUGGAUAUUUACUUUGUUAUUUUCUUUUUGUUAAAAAUAAAAAUUUAAUUAUCUAAAAUUAUGAAAGUCGAAAAGCAUUCAUUAUCGUUAGUAUAUGAAUGAUUUAUUUUGAAUAAAGACUAGAAAAGUUUAUCAAUUUAAAA